AUGACACUUGUAAGUCCACCAUUAGUAAAAACAAUUAUAAAUUCGCAUCAUUUUGGAAGUGAUAGUGAUCAUCACCAAGCAUCAAUCAUAACGACGACAUCAUCACCUGGUGCAGUACCAACAGUGCCAACGUCCACGAUGCGGGUGAAAAAUCGUACACAAACUGGACAUUUAGUCGAUGGUGAAUGUCCUGAGGAUGAUUUUGUGGCGGUUAAAACACGACCACCGACGCCAGUUCUAUCAGCUGGUGAUCCACAACAACAACACAAUACACCCGCCGGUGCAGCCGCAACUGGUGGAUUUUGGUUAGCCGCUGUGAAUGCUGCAUCCGGAGGGGCUGUACAUCCAUUAGAUGGUUGCAAUGAAACUGGCUUUAUCAAUAGUCAACCAUCAAUGGCAGAAUUUAUGACUGCAUUACCACAUUUGUCAAAUGAUAUGCAAGGACCACCCGUGGGUCCGCUAAGUCCACAACAAACACCACCCGGUGGGUAUCCAAUGGAUCCACAUGGUCAACCGCCGCACGGCCUAGGAUCACCAGGUGUAAAUGUGCCUGAAUAUCCAUGGAUGAAAGAGAAAAAAACAACACGGAAAAAUAGUCAACAAGAAAAUGGAUUACCUCGAAGAUUAAGAACUGCCUACACAAAUACGCAACUAUUAGAAUUAGAAAAAGAGUUUCAUUUCAAUAAAUAUUUAUGCCGACCAAGAAGAAUUGAAAUAGCUGCAUCGUUAGAUUUAACUGAACGUCAGGUUAAAGUGUGGUUUCAAAAUCGUCGGAUGAAACACAAACGACAAACAUUAAGUAAACAAAGUGAUGAUGGAGAUGAUAAAGAUUCAACGACCAGCGAAGGUGGCAAAAGUGGUAAAAUGUCAUCAGAUAAAUUUCUUGACGAUGAAAUGUCUAAGAAAAGUUGUCAAGGGUGUGAAAUGCCAUCAUCUGUGGGUGGUUGUGGUCCACAUGAUGAUAUCCCUGAUAUUGGAUCAAAUCGUGGUAACAACAAUAAUACACCUAGUGCUACAAACAAUAAUAGCACUAAUUACAAUACGAAUAGUAACGGUGCAAGUAGUAUAACCAGUUCAGGAUCCUUUGAUAAGAUAAUCACUGAAGAUGAUUCAAGAUCGAAUGAAAGUAGUGGAAUACAUGCAGCUCGUGGUGGAAAUUCGAAAAAAGGUGGGUCACGUGCCGAUCGAAGUUUAAAUGUUUCAAUUAAAUUAGAAGGUGGUGGUCGCAGUAAUCAUGACUCACCGCCUCAAUCAGAACGAAUUGCAAUAUGUAAAAUAUCACCUUCAUCGAAAGAAGCAAGCACUGGUAAUCAAAUUAUUAUGCCAAUGAACGACACAAUACCGCCAUCAAAUAAAAAUUUGUCAAGAAGUUUAACACCAUCAUCAACGCCGGGAACACCAUCCAUGAUGCAACAUCCAAGUCCGUUAGGUUUACCCCAAGCACCACCAGGUAUUUAUCCUCAAUUACCGAGAUCUUCACCCUCAUCGGCUACAGUUACAAUACAAAAUGUUCCUAAUCAAUCAACUCCGCCAUUUCCAUUACGAAAUUCGACAGCAAUACCACCAAAUGCAAAUAACCAUUUUCCUCAAAAUUACAAUGAAUAUCGGGAUGUUAUUCAACCGACGUCAACAACCGGAAGAAAUAACAAGCAUUUAUCAAAUUUACACUUUCAAAUGCAACAAACACAUAAUCAGGGAACAUAUGGACCGACUAGUAAUGAUCUGUACGUGGACCAUCAUCAAUUGGCACACACUCCAGAAGGUCAAGCUUAUAUUCGCAAUCAAAUGCAACAUCAACAAGGUAUUAUUUCUGCUACCACAGGUCCGGCAACAUCAUUACGACGGACACGACAAAACUAUCCACAACAAUAUCACAAUCAGCAUAAUUAUUAUGGAAAUUAUAAUAAAUCGCACAGUGUGGCCUCGCCUAGUGAAGGUGCAUAUCAUGGAGGAGUUCAUACUAUGAACUCAUACAAUCAUUAUGGUGCUAACGAUCAUAGCAAUGCUGCUGCUGGGUAUGCAAAUUCACAUUAUGGCAAUUAUGGACCUGGGGCAAAUAUGUAUUCCCCAGAGAAUGAUAAUACAGUAGUUGUGAAUCCACAUUUAGGUGCAACAGAUGCAAAUGCAUAUUAUCCUGGUGAGAUGAUGCAAAAACCUGUUGAUUUCCAAAAACAAGCGGUUGUAGCAGCCGCUGCAACGCAUGCUGGUUACUACGAUAAUAAUGUUUACCAUCCAACAGCGCAUGAUAUAUCUGCAGUCACACCAAAUUAUGGACAAACACCUGAAGCAGCAUUCUCUGGUGGUUCUACUUCUGGUUCAGGUGGACCUCCAUCAGUGACUGCAGCGGUAAUGACACCACCAACAAGUGUUCAAACUGAUUCCAGUGAUAAUUAUAAUUCAUUUAAUCAAUUUUAUGGCAAUACGCCAGGUGAUGCAUCUUCACAUCCCACACAACAAGCGCACCAUCCAAACGCUGCCACAGCCGUAGCAAAUAAUGGCGAUAACAGUAAUAGUUCAUCAGAUUUUAAUUUCUUAAGUAAUUUAGCAAACGAUUUUGCACCAGAAUAUUAUCAAUUAAGUUGA